AUGAGUGAAGAAGGUCCACAAAUUAAAAUUAGAGAAGCUACAAAAGAUAAUGUGGAUUUCAUCUUAUCAAAUAUAGAUAUGGCUUUAGCCAAUUCAUUGCGUCGUGUUAUGAUUGCAGAAAUCCCAACAUUGGCUAUUGAUUCCGUUGAAGUAGAAAUGAACACUACUGUUCUUGCAGAUGAAUUCAUCUCUCAUAGAUUAGGGUUAAUUCCUUUACAAAGUGCAGAUAUCGAUCAAUUAGAAUAUUGUCGUGAUUGUUUUUGUGAGGACCAUUGUGAUAAAUGUUCUGUGGUUUUAACUUUACAAGCUGUUGGUGAAAGUGAAAGUACUACAAACGUUUAUGCAAAAGAUUUGGUUAUCGUUUCUAAUUUAUUGGGUAGAAAUAUUGGUCAUCCGAUUAUUCAAGAUAAAGAAGGUAAUGGUGUUUUGAUUUGUAAAUUAAGAAAAGGUCAAGAAUUGAAAAUGACAUGUGUAGCAAAAAAAGGGAUUGCCAAAGAACAUGCCAAGUGGGGGGCUACUGCCGCUAUUGAAUACGAAUAUGAUCCUUGGAAUAAAUUAAAACAUACAGAUUAUUGGUAUGAAAAUGAUCCUUUAAAAGAAUGGCCUCAUUCUAAAAAUUGUCAAUAUGAAGAUCCACCAACUGAAGGUGAAUUAUUUGAUUAUAAAGCAAAGGCAAAUACAUUUUAUAUGAAUGUGGAAGCCGUAGGAUCUAUAACAACAGAUCAAGUGAUUAUUCGAGGCAUUGAUACUUUACAAAAGAAAACAGCAGGUAUACUGUUAGCUUUAUCACAAAUGGAACAAGAAAAAGUCAAUUUUGGUACAGGUACUCAAGAUAAUAAUGAUUUACAUCAACAAGAUGAUCAUAUGGGUAUGAGUAAUGGGAAUGAUGCAUCUUAUGGUAAUUAUAUGGGCUCUAAUAAUGACGGUAUGAUGAAUGGCGGUGGGAAUAAUAUUCAAGGAGGUUAUCAAAAUAAUAUGGGGCCUAAUGGUUACAGUGAUUCUUGGUAA